CAUGAACCUGGAGCAGCUGCGGAAGCGAGUCCGGCAGUACCUCGACCAGCAACAGUAUCAAAGUGCUCUAUUUUGGGCAGAUAAAGUAGCUUCACUCUCUCAUGAGGAGCCCCAGGAUGUGUAUUGGUUGGCUCAGUGCCUCUACCUGACAGCUCAGUACCAUAGAGCAGCCCAUGCGCUGCGGUCACGGAAGCUGGACAAGUUAUAUGAAGCGUGUCGUUACCUUGCAGCUAGAUGCCAUUACGCUGUGAAAGAGCACCAGCAGGCCCUUGAUAUUCUCGACAUGGAGGAGCCCAUCAACAAAAGACUAUUUGAAAAAAACUUAAAGGAUGAAGGUGGCUUGAAAGACUCCUCCAACGACUGGGAAAUGUCAGAGUCCUCAAUAAAGAGUUCUAUUUGUCUUCUACGGGGGAAAAUCUAUGAUGCGCUAGAUAAUCGAACUCUAGCGACCAACAGCUACAAAGAAGCUUUGAAGCUUGAUGUCUACUGUUUUGAAGCAUUUGAUCUUUUAACAUCACACCACAUGUUGACAGCACAAGAAGAAAAAGAACUUCUCGAAUCGCUACCUCUUAGCAAGCUGUGUGAAGAACAGGAAUUGCUACGUUUUCUAUUUGAGAACAAAUUAAAAAAGUAUAAUAAGCCCAGUGAAACUGUCAUCCCUGAGUCAGUAGAUGGCUUGCAAGAGAAUCUGGAUGUGGUAGUGUCUUUAGCUGAGAGACAUUAUUAUAACUGUGAUUUUAAAAUGUGCUACAAGCUUACUUCUGUAGUAACGGAAAAAGAUCCUUUCCAUGCAAACUGUUUACCUGUGCACAUAGGGACGCUUGUGGAGCUGAAUAAAGCAAAUGAACUUUUCUAUCUUUCUCACAAACUGGUGGAUUUAUAUCCUAGUAAUCCUGUCUCUUGGUUUGCGGUGGGAUGUUACUGUCUCAUGGUUGGUCAUAAAAAUGAACAUGCUAGAAGAUAUCUCAGCAAAGCUACAACGCUGGAGAAGACCUAUGGGCCUGCGUGGAUAGCCUACGGGCAUUCGUUUGCGGUGGAGAGCGAGCACGACCAAGCCAUGGCUGCCUACUUCACGGCAGCACAGCUAAUGAAAGGGUGUCAUUUGCCAAUGCUGUAUAUUGGAUUAGAAUAUGGUUUGACCAAUAACUCAAAACUUGCUGAAAUAUUCUUCGGCCAAGCUCUGAGCAUCGCACCAGAAGACCCUUUUGUGAUGCAUGAGGUUGGAGUGGUUGCCUUUCAGAAUGGAGAAUGGAAAACAGCAGAAAAAUGGUUUCUCGAUGCUUUGGAAAAAAUUAAAGCAAUUGGGAAUGAGGUAACAGUUGACAAGUGGGAACCCUUGUUGAACAACUUGGGGCAUGUCUGCAGAAAACUUAAAAAGUAUGAUGAGGCCUUGGACUACCACCGUCAGGCGUUGGUGUUGAUCCCUCAGAAUGCGUCCACCUACUCUGCCAUAGGGUACAUCCACAGUCUGAUGGGCAACUUUGAAAAUGCUGUGGACUAUUUCCAUACAGCCCUUGGUCUUAGGCGAGAUGACACCUUUUCUGUUACAAUGCUUGGUCAUUGCAUCGAAAUGUACAUUGGUGAUUCUGAUGCUUACAUUGGAGCAGACAUUAAAGACAAAUUAAAAUGUUAUGACUUUGAUGUGCAUACAAUGAAGACACUAAAAAACAUUAUUUCACCUCCCUGGGAUUUCAGGGAAUUUGAAGUAGAAAAACAGACUACAGAAGAAACGGGACUUACACCAUUGGAGACCUCAAGGAAAACUCCAGAUUCCAGACCUUCCUUGGAAGAAACCUUUGAAAUUGAAAUGAAUGAAAGUGACAUGAUGUUAGAGACAUCCAUGUCAGACCAUAGCAUGUGACUCCAGACAGUGGUCCCAUCUCGUGUGUCCCAGCGUAGGUCAGUAUUCCCUCACCUCCUUGCCAGGGCUUAGGGGUUUCCCACUUCCUAACAGGAACCCAACCACAGCCCUACAUUUAGGAACAGAGACCUGUCUUAAGAGACUGGAUCACAUGCCUUUGCAACAGACACGUUCUGAUUCCCUGAACCUACAACAUAAUUGUGUGUAGUGGAAUAAAGAAGGUAAACCAUCAAAAAAA